AAUAUAAAUACAGCCUCAUUUUCUCAGGACAAACUGUGACUAAGGUGUCUUGUAUGUUAUUUGUUUAUAAAAAAUACGUUAAUUCCGCUUCUAAUCGCUGUAGUUUUAUAUCACUCAACAACGCAUAGAAUUUGGCGUUGUUUAAGCAGUUUCUUUUUUUAAAUAAUCAGGCUGUGAUUCCGCAUGCGGAAAUGUAUUAAGAGGACCUAAAGACUAAUGAAGGCUUAAAACUUCGGGAUUUUAAAACAGGCUUGGAUUUUACAAUAUUGUAGAUGUGUGUACGGAAAACGUGUUGAAAUCCAGUGGUUACAGUGGGUACUUUGUUCUGUUGUAACUAAAGUUUUCAACGAAAUUUACUGAAGACAAAAAUAAGAAAAUGGAGUUUAAAGUGGAGGCUCAUCGGAUUAUGAGUAUCUCGCUGGGGAAAAUCUACAAUUCGAGAGUCCAGAGAGGGGGGAUCAAGCUCCACAAGAACCUUCUCGUCUCCCUCGUUCUCCGGAGCGCCCGGCAGGUAUACCUCAACGAUUACUACCAGAGUGUGUGUCUCAACGCGCAGCAGCACUGGGGCACGCAUGAGGAAGUCAUGGACUCUGACCAGCCAAAGAGUGCCUCUGAACCUGCGGGGUACACGGCAACAACCCCUGCUGCUCCUGCAGCAACUGCCGUCAGCGAACCCGGGCUACCUGCGGAGAACACGCCGCCAGAGCUGACCAUCGACGUUGAAAGUUUCACCGAAAACCACGCCGCAGCACCUACAGAGGAGGAGGAAGAGGCGGCGGCUGAGGCAGACUGCACAGACAGCAAAGAAGACAAGAGCUCCGGCUCGGACUGCAGCAGACAGAGGCCCUCAGAACUGAAAGGAGACGACGCGGCUCCGGCCUCUAGUCCAACUGCUAUUCCUAUGGCUGAACACCUAGUGCCCGAUAACCAGAUCGGGCCUGAGGGGGAGGAAGCGAAACCCCCGCAAGACGAGGGCGGUUGCGGGGAAGCAGAUGCAGUCAGAGGUGGUGACGGUGACUCCGUGACAGAAACACAAUUAGAUAAUCAACUGGGGGCUUCCUGUAGUAGGAAGAGGAGAAGCAGCGAGAAAGCACCACCGCCAGAGUCUCCGGUUAAAAAAACAAAGCGGGCCCCAUCCUCAACGCCCACAGGUGAGGAGGAAAUGGACACCGCGAACGUCUCCAGCCUAAUUACCAUCUUCGGCUCCAGUUUCUCUGGACUCUUGAGCAAAGACAGUACGCAGGCUGAAGCGGAGGCGGAGGAUAGUGAGAGAGACUCCGGUGCGGCACAGAUAUGCUGCGAUCAAAUUCUAAAAAACCUCAACCCUUGGACUACAGCGAUAGUGGCUUUUUAAUGGACAUGUUAUAGUGAAUUGGUGUAAACGCACCAUUGGAGGUAUCGGGUAUGGCUGCACCCCCUCCCCCAGGAAUGCUUGAUGAACCAUGUGGAGAGAGGACCAAAACGGGGUUUCCCGUAUAGACGAGAAAUGUAACAUGGUUAAGCAUUAGGGGAGUUUCAAGCCUUGGGACGUGCCGUGGUGUGUCGGGGCAUGUUUAGCAAGGGAUUCUGUGAGGGACUAUAUGUAUGCGUUGUACACAGCGGGAAUGAGGUAAACGUGAUUUUAAAAAUGAAGCCAUUUUGUAUCCAGAUACAAUUUAGGGGGUCACUGUUAAAUGGUUUUGUUCUAGCUUUUGAAUUAUGUUUUAAAAAGUCGCAUUUUCCUCUCAUCGAAAAACAUGUUGCACAAAACUAUGGGAACCAUUGUCUUUGGAAAAUAAGAUCAUAUAAACCUGUCCAAAGUGUGGUGAGGGUUGUGGGGAGAAAGCUAGCCCUUGGUAAUUUUGUAGAUCUACUCACGUUAAAGCGGUGAGCAGCAUUUACCAAUACAAAAUAUUUACCUUAUGUGCUCUUGAGCAGAGUCGGUGCUGCUAGUGUUGAACUCGGUUGAAGUCAGCGUCUCGUGCGUUCUGAGACGUGGCUGCGUUGAACUGUAUAUACCGGUUUAUAUGUAAACGUGUCUUUUAUAAAGACUUGUUUGAGUUUUUACACAUGUUGUUGUCUUUUGUUUUUUUUGUACAGUUAUGUAUUUUGCGAUUAAUGGUGACAUUGCUACGUGUGUCACACACGUAAUAAAAACGUUUUUGAAAGUGAA